GCGGCGGUGGGGGAAGGAGCUCGGAGCAAAAACAAAGAUGGCGGCCGCUCCGGGGUCGGUGGCCGCGGCAGCUGCGGGGCGACGCGCGGGCCGGAUCCACUGAGGCGGCGGCGCAGGGAGCGGGGCUGCAGGGUCGCGGCGGCGGCAGGGCGGCGGCGGCGCGCGGCGCCCUAACCUCCAGCCUCGGGAGCGCGCCCUCGCCCGCCGGGCCGGCCGGCAGCGAUGUCCGGCGCCGAGGAGGCCGGCGGAGGCGGUCCGGCUGCGGGGUCCGCCGGCGCCGUGCCGGUCGCGGCUGGGCCCGGGGCGGCCGCAGGGCAGGCGGCCGCUGCCGCGCUGGGCGAGGCGGCGGGGCCCGGGCUCCCGGACGAGGCGGGCCUGGCCGGCGCCCGGCAGCUGCAGGAAGCGGCGGGCGACCCCGACGCGCCGCCCAAGAAGCGGCUGCGGACGGCCGAGGCGGCCGAGGCGGCGGCGGGCAGCGGGAAGCUGGAGGAGCGGCUCUACUCGGUUCUGUGCUGCACCGUCUGCCUGGACCUGCCCAAGGCCUCCGUGUACCAGUGUACUAACGGUCACUUGAUGUGCGCUGGCUGUUUUAUCCACCUACUAGCAGAUGCCCGGCUGAAGGAGGAGCAGGCCACGUGCCCCAACUGUCGUUGUGAGAUCAGUAAGAGCCUCUGCUGCCGCAACCUGGCUGUGGAGAAGGCCGUGAGCGAGCUGCCCUCCGAGUGUGGCUUCUGCCUGCGCCCGUUUCCCCGCUCUCUCCUGGAGAGGCACCAGAAGGAGGAGUGCCAAGACAGGGUGACCCAGUGCAAGUACAAGCGAAUUGGCUGCCCGUGGCACGGCCCCUUCCAUGAGCUGACUGUGCACGAGGCCGCCUGUGCCCACCCCACCAAGACGGGCAAUGAGCUGAUGGAGAUCCUGGAUGAGAUGGACCAGAGCCACCGCAAGGAGAUGCAGCUCUACAACAGCAUCUUUAGCCUGCUGAGCUUCGAGAAGAUUGGCUACACAGAGGUCCAGUUCCGGCCGUACCGCACGGACGACUUCAUCACGCGCCUGUACUACGAGACGCCACGGUUCACGGUGCUGAACCAGACGUGGGUCCUGAAGGCGCGCGUGAACGACUCGGAGCGCAACCCCAACCUGUCCUGCAAGCGCACGCUGUCCUUCCAGCUGCUGCUCAAGAGCAAGGUCACGGCGCCCCUGGAGUGCUCCUUCCUGCUGCUCAAGGGCCCCUACGACGACGUCAAGAUCAGCCCCGUCAUCUACCACUUCGUCUUCACCAACGAGAGCAACGAGACGGACUACGUGCCCCUGCCCAUCGUGGACUCCGUGGAGUGCAACAAGCUGCUGGCCGCCAAGAACAUCAACCUGCGGCUCUUCCUCUUCCAGAUCCAGAAGUAGGCGCCCCUGCGCUGCCCACACCUGCCUGGCCGCGGCUUUGCAGUGCUGUCUGACCAUCUCGGCAGAGGAGGAACAGGCGAGAACACGGGAAAGUCUGCAUGCGUGUGCGAAGGUGUGAGCACUCACCACCCGGCCUUCCACCUGCCUCCCUGUCCAGGGCACGGAGGCUGGUCCAGGGACCCCGCAAGGCGAGCUCAGCAGACCUGCCGGCCUCUGCCGCCCGGCGAAGUGUCCGCCUGCCCCGGGCCGCACACAGCUCCUGGGCCGGCUCCGGCGCUGGCUUCAGACAGCGUAUCUGAUUGCAAUUAAAAAGGCACCUUGUUUCCUA